CGAUAAACUAUAAACACGUUUAGUAUCGCAUCAGUCAUUGGCGGGAAACGACGUCGGCCAUUUUGUUUUUUUUUUACUCUAUUAUUUUUCGUUCGAUGUAUUUCGCGGGAAAUUAUUUUCUAUAAACAUUUUGUUGUUUUUGUGAAAAAUACUUUUGAUUUUUGGUGAUUUUAUUGUUGUUUUGUUUAGUAAUAUAGUUUUUUGGGCAGUUUAGUUGCUUUGAUAGCAAAAGUGUUUGAAAAUAUUUUAAUUGGUGUGUUAUUUUGUGUCGGUGUGCGAAAUAUUUGAGGAAAAGAAGUUCAGUGAAGUGUUGCCGGACAGUAAUGUAAUACAACAAUGGAUCCACAAGAACUAGUACCAUUGGAAUCGGGUCUCCCCCUACCGCGCCCCCACCACGGCACCAGGAACUGUUACCUGGCGCCCCGCACCUGCUACACAGCACCACUCCGCCUGUGUCGGCUGCUGGCGCUGCUCUUCGGGAUGCCCACCGUAUUCCUCAUGGUACCACUGUAUUUAAGAUACCGCGUAUUCUCCGGCCAGAUGUACCCGAUGAGUAUGACAGACAUGCGGCUGAUAGACAGUAAGAUAUCGCCCACUUGGUGCCAGAGACAAGUGGUGCGUUCGAACACGACGUUCAACGCGUUCGUGGUGCCUGGUCCGCCGCAGCUGACUGACGAGCUAGUGCCGGUCUCCAUGACCAGGGAGCUGGAGUUGGACGAUGAUAUGAAGGAGUACUGGGGCUUCUAUCUGCUGAAGGGAUCCUCGGUCACCGUGUCUGCUUGUGUGAGCUUCCCCGGAGCAUCUCUCAUCAUGAUCAAAGGUUACAAGCACCUACAAGACUGUGCCUACAUCGGUGAUGACUCCUCGGAAGAGAUCAACGAGCUGAUCGAAGCCAACAGGCUUGGUCUACUCUCUGAUGAUGCGCUGAACAAAAAGAUCUCAGAACUGAAGGUGGAAAAUGGGAAAGUUAAUAAUCCAGAAACGAUGAAGAGACACAAGUCUGGCGUCAGUUUCCACGAUCCAAAGAACCACGUCGAUGAGAACGUGACGUCAACAUCAUCAGAGAACUUAGCGACAGUCGACGUCACUGAUCAUGAUCCUAAGGAGCUUCGAGAAAUUCUAGAACGUCUCCACGCUUUACGUGAAGCUGCAAAGAUCCAGAUAGCGAAGAACUACAGACCGCCAGCAAACAUCAUGUCGCUACCAGCACUACACAGGCACAGAGAUGCUAAUGUCGACAAGGAAGAAAGAAAAUGGAUAUCUUUUCAAGAUAUCGACGGCAAUGCCAGCGAAUUACUAACAAAAUUAGGAAUAACCACAACAGAGACUGUGCCUACUGAAGGUAAAGACGAAACUAUUAAAGAAGAAAAACCAAUUAAUACAACACCAACAUUAUUAACUAAACUAGUUAGUAAUAAAGAAGUUAAAACCACCACAGAAGAAGUACAAAAGGCAGAAGAAAGGAACAAAAUCUUUACGAGUCAAGAAGAAAGAAGUAAAAAGGAUCAUAGCAAAGAUGUCAAGGGAGAUGAUAAUUUAGUUAAAGUAGAAAAUGAAGAAGAUUUCACAUCUGUAGAAGUAGAAGAUACGGCCGGCGAACUGAAGAUUGUAGCUACAGAUUAUACAUCUGAGCAGAGUCCAACGGAGGUGACGGAGCCGAAUUCAAAGGAAGUGUUUGAAGAUGUGCUGCACAGACUCCAGGCACUGGGAGACAAGGGGAAGAGGGUGCUGAUGAGACUGCACGAGACCAUGGGAGUCGAGUAUACAGAGGAGACUCCAACCAAAUCGAAGCCAGACAUCAUGUCGGUAGUGACCGGCAGUGGUGAGGAGCUGGACAGACUGCGAAGGGUGCUGGUGGAAGCCAUCGAUGAGGAGAAGAACAGGUCGCAGAGGGAACAGAAACGGCGUGAUGCUGCAGAACAGGCGCGCAAGAAGCGAGAGUCCAUGCUGGGUCAUAUAGACCUCGUGAAGGAGCUCAAUGAAAAUGAUGAGGAAAGAAACCAUGCAGGGGAAAUGGACGCAGACGGCUACGCCGACCACCACCAGCUGGUCAACGAGACGACUCCCCUCGACAUGAGUAACUCGGAGUUCUGGUCCUCUUUCUCCAGCAGCGAGGAGGCUCUGUUAGAGUGCGAGGGUCUCAUCCUCAACCUCCCUCUCACUCCACAUCGCCACUGCUUUAGAAAUGCCUCCGAGAGUGAAGCGUUCGCCGCUGCUAAGGCUAAUGCUCUUACUUAUAGGGUCCCAGCGAACGGCUACUACUUCUUUGUCUUCAACUCUGAGAACGAGGUGCAGCGCAACUACAUCCGCGCGCGGUUCGAGCUGCAGAAGACGCGCUACGACGUGGCGCGCACGGCGCUGCGCGAGUGCACCAACUCCACGCAGCGCUGCGACCUGCCAUUGGACAUAUUCUCCACGCAGAAGGUGGUGCUGGAAGUCCCCCUAAGGAACAACGACUCGCUGUGGAACGAGCAGUUCCUCAUCAUCUCGGAGUGUGAGCCAAGGACCUCCAUCUACAUAUUCUGCGUCAUCGCCGUGCCUAUACUUAUACUCGUGUUCGGGUUCCAAUGAACGGUACAAAUGAUCAUAUUGGAUGCAACACAAGUCGGGCGCGGAGGACAUAAGAAAACAAUUCAAUCAAACCUCAAGUAUCGACAUUCCGAUCUAUCGAUAUUUUAAAUUACUUCAAUUAAUAAUUUCCCAAUCGAUUGUAUCGUAUUCAUAACAGGAAUUAAUUAGAUGCAAUUGUCUUUUUGAGAGUAACAUAUCGAAUCGAUUUAUAACGAUUAAUCGGAAAAAGUAAUCUAUUGUUUGUCAAACAUACUUAUUUGAAGCGAUUAAUUCGAUUAUAGGCACA